GUAGAAUACGGGUGGCGCUAUUCCAAGUUUCUGGGUUACAGUCUAGUGAAGCUUAAUGUAGUCUCCAUAGCUCUCAAAUCUUGUUGUAAUAGUUUUGUGUCAGUAGCAGUGACAAUGGCAGUAAGUUUAAAUGUUUGUAUUUUUUGUCCUUGUGUAGGUGCACUUGAAGUUAUUGAUGCCGGAUGGAUCAUUCUUUGAGCAUAAAUAUGAUCAAGAUACUACAGUUGAACAAAUUACUUCUUCGUUGUUCAAUGACUGGCCUGAUUGUUUGGGAAAGAGGCCAGAUUCAAAUCACUUGAAACUUAUUUUCCAAGGCCGAUUUUUGCUUGGCGCCCUCAAACUGUCAGGUAUGUUGCCCCACGAGUAUUUUAUGACUUGUCAGUAUAAUGCUUCUACUUUACGUCAUGUUCUGUCCUUGUUUUUUUCCUGAUAAUGUCGUGUGUCAUGCUCUGUUGUAAUCCACUAUAAAGCACGAACGAGUUAUUUACGAUUUAGUACUAAGGAAUUAAGUUAGGUUUAACCAGCUUGGCAUAUAGAUCUUCAGCAAAAUAAGUCACAUAAAAUAAACGAGCCGUUCGGGUAUUGAUGUCACUAACCGGUUUUGUCGUUAGGCUUUAGAAGAAACGGUCUGAUCUUGUUAUAGAACAUGAUUUAAGUUAUUCUACCUGGAGCAUGCAGUCGCAUCCUCAAAGUAACCUUUGAAAAUUAACUCACCUAAAGCUAUAGGUAAAGCGAAAUCUCAUAUGAGUGUUCUACCCAGAACGCUCCCAUACCAUAUGAAAUAACAUCUGUAGACAGUUUAAGACUACAUAAUCGUGUAUGUAGUUAUGGGUUACUGUGUUAUACCUAGAAUAGCAGUUAAAUACACGCGCACAUAGUAAAGAGUUAUUGUACUGGUCAGUCUUACCUUCACCUUAUUUCCCGAUAUAAAUAACAUGUACCCUAAUUUAUCUCUUAUUAUCCCUUCUCAUUUGGUUAUUUUAAUAUAGUAGUGGAUUUACUUGUUUCCUUCCUUUGUUUGUUCUUACCUGUUUCUCUCCACUCCACUUAUCACAGUUAAUAUUACAACCAAUUAGACAACUGUUCGUUGCCGUUACAGCUGCUAGUCCCAGCAACCCCAUUUCCCGGGGAUAAAGGCACUCACUUGUACUCUAUACAUAACUAAAAGCAGGCAAUCUUAUUAUGCAACCCCAUUUUAAGCCUAUAUUUCUCAGACUCACAUUGUGAACAAGUAGUUACGUCUACUAAAAUUAUACACCAUCCACUUCUUAGCGAGUGUCAUUUGUCCGAUGGCAAACUAAUUAUAAUUCGUAAUGAAUUAUCUUAUUGUUGAAAUCAUCAAGUGCAGAUUUAUGUGGUUGAACUAAUGACUUUCCUGAAAUAUCCUAGUUUUCGGAGAUUCUGUUUCAAAACUGCUUAGAGACAUUUAUAUAUAAUCUAAAAAUACCUAUUGUGUAGACUGAAGCAAACGGAUUUGGCUGUGGAAUCGCUACAUAACAGUUGUAUUUAAAUUACUAGUUGGGAUUCACCUCUGUUUUUAAGUGUUCAGCAUGUAUUUAUGUGUAAUUCAUUUUCAGAAUUGAAAUUGCCCUCUGAGCCGAUUACAAUGCAUUUAAUUCAACAUAAAACAAUGUCAGUGGCAGGGAUAAAUGGUAAGUAUAAUUCAACACCUAGCUAAAUGUUAACACUUCCGUCAAUCUUUUUAAUGAAUUACUGUUAGUAAAGGGUUCUUUAAAAAUGAUUUACUCGAAAGCCUUUUAAUAUGGAAACUUUCAUAAGCAUAAUUAACGCGCGUACAAUACAUUAUGAUUGUUAAUAGAUUAUCAGAUCAAAAAUCAAUAAUUAUCUUUGAUAGUCCAACGUAUGCUUUAAAGUUAUUUGAUUUGUCAGUGUUUAAAAUCAUUGGUGAUUUUACUCGAUGGUGAUAGCGACUUGUUCACGUAUGCCUAAACACCGAUUACCACGACACACAAUCCUGACUAGUGUUGGAGAUGGUUGGGGGGAAACUGGGUGCGGCCAUGUUGGUUGAUGCCGACUACUUGGUUGGGGUUCGUGCGACUGUCGUAACCUAUGGUUGGAGACUCUGAGUGACAUGGUUCAGAAUCGGUCUGGGCAACUGGGCUGUAUCGCAACCCAUUCACAGAUCAGGUGACUUGUUGGCGCAUAUCUAUUCGGUGCCCUUUUGUACCAAUAUUUGUGUUCAAAUAAAUAAAAGAACCGAUGACAAUAGUGUAGGUGUAUUCAUUCUUUGUUUUCCUUUAAACGAUAAUAUUAAAAUUGCUUUAUAUCUCUCUCUUCCUACGAACUAAUUCUUUCUUGUGCUAUAUCGUUAUACACAAUCUUAUAUAUAAUACUACAAUUGAAGUAACUACUAUGAAUUUCAUGUUCAUCUGGGUGUGCUAAUGAGGUGUGGCAACUUGAACCAAUUCAUAUAUGUACCUGGUCCUAUAUUGUGACUGACUGAGCCAGCAUAGUUUCCAAUUGGAGACUGAGAACAAUGAUUGGGGAGGGGUUAUGUUGCCCAGUUGAUCGUUAUUAAAAAGAGAAAACCUAUGAUUUUAUACAACUUCAAACAUUGUACAGACAAUUACGAUACACAUUCGACUUCCUUCACAUGUGCGUGCGUGUGCACACGGAUAUAGGGGGGAGUAUCCGAGAUAUGUACUUGGGGGUGGUGGUUGAACAUAUAUUGGAAUGGUCCCAAGCUUUCCCAGUGCCAUUCUCAGAUGAACACAGGAAAUAGAUAGAUAGGUCCCUUCAUAUUAUGGCUCAUAACUGGAACACAUCUAGUAACGUUCAAAUUAGAAUAGACUUUCAAACCUUCUACAUAGGGGUUAAAAAUCUGUUCUAUUGGUAUACGUCCUUAAAUUAGUAAAAAUCUUGCGUAUUAAGAAAACUAAUUUUUUCGUUCAGGAACAAUUUGUUUUCAUUUUAAACUUGCGUUGAUGGCCCUUAACAUAUCAAUGCCAUGAACAGUGUAACAUAUUUCAAUUCUCUCUAUGCUGUACCUUAUCUUCAAUUAACUGUCAAUUAUCACUUGACCUUUCACAAGAAAUACCUUGGGAAGUAAAGGUGUAGUCAGAGUGUUCGAAACAUAUAGAACAUAUAAAUCACAUUUUUAAGGCCAAUCCUAUCUUCUUACUCUUUCGAAAUUUCUUAGAGAUACUGUUUUAAUGAACGACUUUAAUGUAAACUCUAGUAAGAAUGAAUUUAUUCAUACUUUUAUAAUAGCCGACUUUGAUGUUAUUACUUUAAAUCUUACUUUGAAACCUGAUGAAAAUCAGAGUCAAUCGUCUUAUUCUGUAUGGCUUUUACUAUUAGCAUAGAUAAAUUUGAUAACCAUUUCAAGGCUCUCACUGUUGAUUUCCAUCCGCUAGCAUAGCUUCAAACCACUAACCCAACUAUCAAUAUUCUGAAUUUAUAUGGGGUUUGAGUUUUGACUUGUUCGAAUUUGACAGUGACGAUUGUUCUCGGCUUUAAUUCAUAUUUUCAAUGUCACCUGUCAAUUAUAAAAUAUAUCCUUUUAUGCUUAUUUAUGCAUACUUUGAUGUUUAUUAUCAUUUAUUACAGGUCAGCAAAAAAUAUUCAAAAGAAGAUGUUGCCCCCUGAAUUGUUUAAGUUUACCUUGAGGUCAUUGUUCUGUUGUUACUCUUCAUUUGUUUAUCUCUACAGUUAUUUAAACGUAGAUCGCCUCAAGUUAAUUAUGCCAAUGUCUUUCUUCAGCAGACAAUUAGUUCUCUCCGUUUCUUAGUAGAAAAACAUUACCCUACAGUUUAUGUCGAUUGUUGUAAACCUACUUACGUUGAGUCAGCAAUGAAUUAAAACAUUCCUAUCUUAUCCUUUUCUCUCAUAUUCAACCUUUCUUUUUCCUCUUCUGCAGGCUUCUGACAAUCAAAAAGAAUUAGAAAACAAUUAGGGAUCUUCUAAUGUAUCAUUUCUUUAUUUAGAGAUAGAGAAAUAAAUAUUAAUAGUGAAUUGUUCAUUUGUUCAGUCAGCUAUUUACAAUUUGUUUCUUAUUCUCUACAUUUCAUUUAUAUUUAUGGUUUGCAUCUUUGUAUAAAUAAAAUAAUCUCAAUAGAUAAUUAUUAUUGAUAUGUCAAAUAUUGAACUUUUGUAAAUGUAAAUGGGUAGUUUAUUCUUGAUGUAGUUCUUUUUGUUUUAAUAUCUUAAUUUAUUUUAAUUGCUGUUUCAUUAAUAAUAAUGAUUAGAUUUGGAAACAGUUGAUAUGCGUUUUUGAUCGUCACUGUCUUCUUUUUACUUUCUUACUUAUCAUGACAUAUACUUUUUCUGUUUACAAUGUGCAAUAUAACAUUUAUAAUAUUAAAUAAUAAUGAUAAUCGCUUUAUAGUUUUUUGUCUUGAAAAAACGACUAAACAAUGGUAAAAAGAAGACAAGUUGUGAAAAUAUUAAUCUGUUAGUGGUAUAACGUGUAAAAUUGAUUAUCAUAACCUUUUCUCCCUAUUAGUAUUUAUCAUUAGAUGCUUCUUAGGAGGUUCAUAGAUCCUGAUGAACUAGAUCGUUAGUUAGUGUAAUGCGCAAUGCAUAGAUAAUACUGUUGUUAGGAUAGGAACUCUCCGUACCCUAGCUAAUUUAUAAAUUAUCAAUGUGCAUAAACUUAUUGGUAAUAUCAAUCCCAGUGAAACGAUAUACUCAAUGCAAGUUUGACACAUUAAGUCUGUGGUAGAUAUUAAAAGCAUACAACGUUAGGAUUAGAAGAGUGCUAUUUUAGAUUCUGAUCAUGACAACGGAUUUUCCCCUACAACCACUUUGAAAAGUUCGAUAAAUGUUAACGAAGAUGGUAAAUUUAAGAACGACAGCUUAAACAACUUGAUCAUUUCUAUCUAUCCAUUUGAACGCUGCGGAAAAACAACCAUUGUAUCCUCCAAAAAAAUCAGAUUUCGGAAGAAAAUAUGCGAAUUUGAUGUAAUAUAGAGUUUUUAUCAAUAACCGUAUUAUUUUAAAGUCAGGAGGACGAAUACUUUUGAAUAUGAAACCGACAUUCAUUUGUAGUCAACUUAGGUGAAAAUAGAUAUUCUUAUUCAAUAGCUAGCCCAUAUAAAGGCAAUAUUUUAGCUUGGAUAAAAAUAAACAAAUUAUUAUCUGCAUAGUUGAAAGCAUGAGUCAAUUGAAGCUAGACCAUCAAGGAAAACUUG